UGAUCUCAUCUGUUUAUCGGAGGUUCUGCGACGCCAUGGUUUCCAGCCAACUCUGGCACUGCCACACUGGCAUCGAUUCUACUUUUAGACUUCCAGGAUAGAACAUGACUCAUGUAAAAUGGCGUCUGUCGGGUAGAAUGGCUGAUACCUACAGCAUCCUCUUGCUCUCCAAUCUACAAUCAUGUGCAGACUGCUUGGACUCCUGGCGAUAGCCAUCCUGGUAGCUCUUCCUUUGGAAGGUGGCAAGAUCGGCUGUAAUAUUCCACCUGUUCCCCCGGGUGGCUCGACCUCACUGACCUGCCUCUUCAGUGAAGACGUUAAUGUCAGCAAGAAAGACUUCACUGUGUAUCACCACCCCAAAGACAGGAGACCGGACGGCGUUGUGGACUGUCUGUGGUUGAAUGGCGCCCUCAAGUGCUUCGUCAGAUCCGGCUUUAUGUACGACUAUCAGGUGUCUACAAACAUCACAGUCAAAAUACCCCGGGUGUUUGAAAAUCAGACAGGAGACUACACUUGCCAGGUGUUCGGGUCUGACGCUGGAGACAUAGAAAAGUGUACAUUCACCCUGAAACAUGACACCCUUUAUCCAGAGACAGUGUCAUCAGAGAAGCUUUCUCAACCGGUUGUGAACAUCAACAUCGAGAAAGGAGUCCUAAGUGACAACCUAUUGGAAUCCAAGCCGGACAACCUGGCAGAGGGGUUGCCAGCCUCUUCAUCCUCAUCCUCCUCAUCAUCCUCCUCCUCUGUAAUAGUGCCAGUGUGUUCAGUUGUGUCGACUCUAAUCAUCUUCAUUGUCGCCAUUGUUGUCUACAAGCUUCAUAAGAGGAGAAAUCAAGACUCAAGCAAGCUUCAAGAGCCUGAGAAUGAUCCACUUAAUAAUACCAGUGACAAUUCCUCACACAAUGAAGCAAAACGUAUCUAGCCAGCGUGUUGUCUCGUAACAAUUCUUGACAUUUCUGUCUCAUCGGAUGUCUUUUUGUGCCAAAUAAUCUAAUCUUCUUGCACCUGAUUGAACUGUCGUAUACAGAACUAGAAAAACAAUUGUUCACUUUCUUACUGACGUUAUCUACAUGUAAGAUUGUCAGUGCUAAUUACACCCAAAUAUGUAUACCUGUUCAUUCUUCUCACUGUUUCUCCGUGAAAACCUUUUUCAUCAAACAUAACACCUGUCUUUCCCGAAAUCAACAAUUUUUUGUUUGUUUGUUUGUUUUAACAUCCAAUUCUAAAUAAUUAUCAUCACAACAUACAACAAAGUGAUCAGUCUCCAGUUUGGAGUAGGAAUCGUCAUCGUUGGAAAUCAGUCCCUAAGUCCGGUGUCGUCUGCAAAUGUUAUUAUGGCGCAGACUUCAUUUCUGUGUUUACACUUCGCCGUUUACAAGGGAAACGAAAAACAAGAGAGAUAGUACUGUCCCUUAAGCCAAUACGGGUGUAAGCAACAACUUUUAAUUUUAACUUUUGGUGUCGCAAAACUGCUUUGAGCGAUUUAUUUUUCAAACGCAUUGGACAUGCAGAUGUUGCAUACCAUAAAUUGAAAUGUGAGACAGAAUUAGUAGUUUUUUAUAACAUACAAUUGAGAUAUGUGUAUCCACCUGAAUAUCAGUCACAGCAUGUAUUUUCUAUAUUUCUCUUUUAUAUGUUGUUUAAUAAAGCACAUUAUCUCGUACCAAUGCCACUAAAGGAAUAACGAAAAAAGUCUUCACUUUCCCACCUUGACCUGGAGUUUUGAGCUUAUUGCAAUAAUGGUUCUAGUCAGUUGCUAGUGAUUUUUGUAAUUUUGUUUUUAUUGUAAUGGGUGGCGCUGGUUUUAUUGGCACAGUUGACUUUUGCGAAUUUUCUUAUUAAAAUAAAUAUACUUUU